CUUCUGGGCUACCUAAUAUGCUCAUUUAGUAAACCAAGUAUUAUUUUAUGAGGGAAUGUGGAAAUUGUAUGAUGCUAUUUGUGCCUUUUUUAAUAAUCUGGCCACCCUCGUACCAGUAGCUAGCUUAGUUUUUUUGGACGUAGCUUAGCUGCAGCCGUUAAGAAACAGCGUCUCUAUCCAGAGUAUCUGCGGGCUAAUAUUAGAGGAAAUGUCAGAGCUCCAUCUGAACCGUUCCCUGAGCGUCCUGGAAGUGGAGGCGAGGAGGAGAGGAGAGGGUUUGAGCAUAUAAAACGGAGGCAAAGGAGAAUGAUUUCACGAUACAACCGGAGACCUGUAUCGCACAAACUCGAGAUUCGUGGGUUGUCUCGAAGCAGCCUUGACCACCAUCCUCUUCCAGAAGAAGCAGACGACAACCAAACCCCUCCGUGCUACCUCCAUGACCUGCAGGAAGCUGCUUCUGCGCACAACAGCUCAGAGACAUCUGCUGCUUCAGGCCACUCUCAGUGCCCCACUGUCAUCUCAGUAGACUCCAGCCAGUCCUGGUUAGGUAUUCACAGCUCCACGGGUACUGGCAUCUCCACCGAGAGGAGCUCUGUUUUCUCCUGGGGCUACGAUGAGUUUGACAAGGCGGCAUCACGGCAGGUGCAGCAAAUGUUUGAGGAGAUCGACAAAGAUCUUUAUGAGGGAAGAGGCAGUGGGGGAGGGAUUCUCCAAGGGCUCCAGGAUGAAUGUCAGCAGUGGGCCACACGUUUCCCUCAUCUUCGUAUCCUGGGGACUCAGCUGCUGUGUCCCAGUGAUGAAGGCUUCCAGUGGUAUACUACCUCAGGGAAAGGCAGCGCUUCCAGCAGGCUGUCAGCGGGCAAAGAAAGCAGCAUUAAACCCCAGGAGAAAGACAGGGAAGGAACAGAGUUGAAUGUGCAGGGCCGGAGAGCACAUCUGAUCAGAUCCAAUUCACCAGACUUGGACGCUCAGCCUGGUACCUCCAGCGGCAUUGGCAGCCAUAACAAGAAUAGAGUGACUGAACUAGAGGGUCAGAUGGAGGAAUAUCUUGCUUUUGAUAGCACAGACUUGGAGGAUGACCAGUGGGAACAGGAUUGCUCCGAGUCGAGUCGGAGGCAUAAAUGUCUGCCCCCAGUCUCACCAUACCGGUGUCGCCGCCACGCUGUUCUCGAUCUGCUGUUUGAUGAUGUGUGGCGGCAGCUCAUUGGCUGCAUGAAAGAGCUGGUUCAACGCCACUGGGAAUGCUGCACUUCACAUGAUGAAAAUAUUUCUGGGAACUUGAGCCCCGUGCAGCAAGAUUUCCAGAAUCCCUUUAUGCUGCUCUCCACGCUGCCCACGAUGCUGCCCAAACUUGGCCAGAGCCGGGUGCCCCCACUCACAGCUGGCAUGCAGUUCCAGAACACAAAGUCAAGGGGCUCAAAGCACAAGUCCAGACGGAAAUCCAAAAAGCAGAAAAGGCCUUCCAGUGCUGGAAGAGUCCCUGUAGGAGCAGCCGCGACUCAGCACAACCUGAACGACCUCAUCGUGAUCCACAGCAUCCCCCUUCAGCAGAGGAACCUGGGUGUGCCGGAUAGAAGCCAGGAGCCAGAAGAGCGUGCGUCUCACAGACCGGGAUCUAGCGCGGUCCCCUCCAACAAACCUCGCCCUCGCCGACCCCUGGAGCAGAGCUCUUCCUCGCUGUCCCGCCCAGCACAAUCGGCCCGACGCAGGAACCCUCCUCCCCGAACCCUCCUGCCUCUUGUUCCCAAUCCGAGUCAGUCGAGCGCAGUGGGAUCCAUGGAUGAGGUCAUCCGCGGGACACGUCUACCCACAGCCAGUGACCAACUGAACUCUCCACCAUUGCCUCUAAGCAGAAACACACUCCUUCCGCCCAUUAGCACCGGAGACCCAGACUCAUCUUACUCAGGGCAGCCAUCUAAAACUGCACAGCGCCAGAAGGGCCCAUCUAGCCGUGCCCACAGUGCUAUAAAUGACAAAGCUGGCAGCUCAGUUCCGAGGGAUCGCCACCACCUACUGGACGUUUUCUCUCGCCCCAACACAACCCACACUUACAGGUCAGAUACUCCAUACCGUCGAUCCUUCACAGUAUUGGACAACAUUGGGCAGGGGCGGCCAGGCAGAGCCUCUGUGGGCACAGACUCCCUUGGAAUCGGUGUGACGGGCAUCAGUCUUGGCAUCAGCAGCUCGUCUUUUUUGGACUCAUUUUCCCACCACCCCUUGGGGCACUCGCCCAUCAAAGACGAAGAGGAGCCGGACCCGCAAGCCCCUGUCCCAGCUCCACUGGUGCCUGCGUCAGUCCCGUCUCGGUCUCACACCCGAGGAGGCAUCUCAUCCAGAGCCAGCAGACCUGGCUUGUAGUUUGCCUCUAAACUCCAGACUUUUGAGCCACUCAUCUUUAUUAAAGUGCAACAAAGUGCAAUGCUCUGCA